AUGGCAAAACCGAAGAAAGCUGCUGCAGUGACGUCAUCGCGCAGAAACGUGCCUCACAGCGGCCGCAGCAGCAUCAUGGCUCUGAAUGGAGAUGAUGAAGAUUUUGAGUGGGAGCCUCCGUCUGAAGCGGACAUGAAGGUGAUCCAGGCGCGCAGGGAGAGGCAGGACAAAAUCAGCAAACUUAUGGGAGACUAUCUGCUCAAAGGAUACAGGAUGCUGGGGGAGUGCUGCGACACAUGCGGGACUAUACUUCUGCAGGACCGGCAACAGAAAAACUAUUGCGUUUCUUGUCAAGAGCUGGACUCUGACGUGGACAAGGAUAAUCCUGCUCUGAACGCCCAGGCUGCACUGUCACAGGUGAGGGAGAGGCAGCUGGCGUCCCAGUCCCCCGCUCCUCCACAAACCCCGGACGCCCCCGCAACCGCCACCGCCUCAGUCCCGCAGCCGCGACCGGAGCACUGCGAGGGCGCGGCGGCCGGGGGCAGGGCCGUUCUCCCUCCGGCUCCUGUCCCGUCCGUGCCCGCGCUCUCCACCCCUCCCUCCGCCCCGGUCCUGGCUCCCACGCGGCCCACGGUCAUUCCACAGAGCACUGCCCUGCGACCCGUGCUGCAGGACGCGGAGGAGGCCAUUCUCACCAAACUCCGCUGGGCCACGAACCAGCUCCAGACCUCGGUGUCGCUCGAGACCAGCGUCCAGCUCUGCAGCCUCAUCUCCAGCUGCGCCACGUCCCUGCGCGCGCUACGGGAGCUCGCCCAGUGA